CAAUUGACCUCACAUCACAUGAACGCAGUGCGCAUCAACGAUAUUCUCUCUUUGUUCCAUCUAUCAACGAUUGCUCGGAAGCUACGCAAACUCGCAGACCAUAUCGUAUCUCUACUGCGGGGUAUCUGCUGCAUCUCGAGGCACCACUGUGCGCGCCGAUGGCAUCUGGAUCGUCCGGUCGGACUACCAACUCGGCCUCCAAGGCCUUUGAUUUCGCGUCCGAUGAUAUUCUUUGCUCCUACGAGGAUUACGGAGCUCGGGACGGGACUAGUGGGAACCAUUCCGAUCCUUCAAUCGCAGCGAAUUCGGGGAAGGCUGCUUUAAUUGAGCAGGAGUUCCACAAAAGCAGAAUGGCAAGGGGAUCUGUUUUUCCUGCUUCGUACAGUCCCCCGGAAGAGUCUUAUAACCAAGAUGUUAUUUCCACUGUUGAAAGCACCAUGAAGAAAUACUCAGACAAUAUAAUGCGCUUUCUUGAAGGAAUUAGCUCACGGCUAUCACAGUUGGAGCUAUAUUGUUAUAAUCUUGACAAAUCUAUUGGAGAAAUGCGCUCUGAUUUAGUUCGUGAUCAUGAAGGGUCAGAGGCUAAGCUCAAAUAUCUGGAAAAACAUAUGCAAGAGGUUCACAGGUCUGUGCAGAUCUUGCGGGAUAAGCAGGAACUUGCCGAUACCCAAAAGGAGCUUGCGAAGCUUCAGCUUGCACACAAAGAAUCCUCUUCAGCUGGCAAUAAUUCUCUACAGAACAAGGAGAACGCUUCACUGCCUGCUUCUGAAUCCAAAGCAAGCGAGCAUUCAUCGGAUUCUCACGACCAGCAAUUGGCACUUGUGCCUCACCAAGCUGCUACUCAACCGACUCUCCCUGCCCAGCCAGUCGACCAUCAGCAGUCUCCUAUGCCACCUCCCUCGACUAUGCCUCCACAAACACUGCCACCACCUGGGCAUGCUUAUUACCUACAUCCAGCACAGACCAACCCCGUUGCAGCCCAAUCCCAGCCAUCUCAGGGUCAAUAUCAACCAGCAGCAUCUCAGAUUCAAGACCCAUCUAGAAUGGCCGCUCCGCAACUUCCGGCACAAUCUCCAGUGAAUCAAAACUCACAUGUUCAGCCGAUACCUUCAUAUCCGCCGCAGUGGCCCCACCAGCUACAGCAGCCUGGUCAACCGCCCCAGCAGGCAGUUAUGCAGCCGCAGAUCAGGGGAUCGUCCCAAGUGGUCUACUCCAACUAUCUCCCCAGUCAGUCGAACCAGCCCUCUGCAGAAAUGGCUCCCAACAGUAUGCCUAUGCAGGUGCCAUUCGGGGGAGCCUCACAAACAGUUCCUGCAGGAUCCGAGCCUCCAGCUUAUGGCUUUGUUGCUUCCGGAAGACCGCCUCAACCACAGCUUCCAUCUCAGCACGUCAAACCUGGCUACAACCCUACUCAACCAGGCGAUGGCUAUGUCCACAGCGGGCCGCAUCCAGCUCUACCCCCGGGAAAUGCUUACAUGAUGUACGACGGGGAAGGAGGCAGGAUGCAUCAUCCUCCUCCCCCUCAGUCACAUUACCAACAGAACACUUAUCCUCUGAAUAACAUCCAGCUGCAGAACCCGCAGCGAAUGCCUAAUAAUCCUAACAUUGCUGUGUCUCACUCUAUGCGCAGCCACCCCUACAAUGAGCUGAUCGAGAAGCUGGUGAGCAUGGGUUACCGAGGCGACCAUGUUGUGGGAAUCAUUCAGAGGCUGGAGGAGAGCGGGCAACCCAUCGACUUCAACUCGGUGCUGGACAGGCUCAAUGGACACUCGCAGCCUUCCGGUGGCCCCCAGAGAGGAUGGUCUGUAUCAACGGUUGAUUGAACAUGGUCGGUGAGGUCUACCCAUUUUAACCCACGAGCUUCGAUCGGAGGAUCGUGUCUCUGUCGAAAUCAAAAUCCGAAGACAUAAUAAUAUCCAAUUCAAUGCAC